GAAGGAAGGAAAAUGGGAAAGGGUCGUCAGCACAGAGCACACAAUGGCUCCAUCGAAGGGGGUUGUGAUUACAGUCCCAGUGCUUGUGCUCUCUGUGGCUUCGGCUGCCAUCUUCCUCUUCUUCCUCCUCUCCUCUCUCUCCUCAUGCUCCUGCCCCACCACCACCACCACCACCACCACCACCUCCACCUCCACCGCCACCACUGCCUCCGUCAACAAGAGAUCCACAACGGAUCGAAUCUCUCCAACGUCAGAAGAUAUUGCGUGGGUGAGAGAUCAAAUCCAGCGGAACAACCUACAUAUGCAACUCAAUGUUCUCCGCAAGGGCAUCAACCCUCGCACCCGUGCCCAACAGCUCCAAGAUUUGAACCAAUUCAAGGGUAUCUCGCACUACGAAGGGGAUGAAGCGAGCAACCACACUUCCUUGCCAUGCCCUGGGGAAUUACUCGUGGAGGAACACCACAGCAACUAUGGGGAACCUUGGGCUGGAGGUCGCGAUGUGUUUGAGUUCCUUGCAGAGUCAGUUCAGCUGAAGCCAGACGCACGUGUCCUUGAGAUUGGAUGCGGGACGCUUCGCGUUGGACUGCAUUUUAUCCGUUACCUGGUUCCAGAGCACUUUCAUUGUCUGGAAAAGGAUGAGCUUUCUCUUAUGGCGGCAAUUAGGUAUGAGCUCCCAUCUCAGGGUCUCUUGUACAAGCGUCCUCUGAUUGUGAAAGGCGAGGGUAUGGAAUUCAGUAGGUUUGGAUCGGGAUUCCUGUAUGAUUUGAUCUAUGCAAGUGCUGUAUUCCUUCACAUGCCGGAUAAGCUCGUUUGGGUGGGAUUGGAGAGGCUGGUGACUAGGUUGAAACCUUAUGAUGGCCGGAUCUUUGUCUCUCACAAUAUAAAGUUCUGUUCUCGAUUGGGGGGAGAGGAGUGCACAAAGAAGCUGACGAGUAUAGGGCUUGAGUAUCUUGAAAAACAUACCCAUGAUAGCUUGCUCUUCAACCACUAUGAGAUUUGGUUUGAGUUCAGACGAUCUAAGGUUUAGAGCUGUCACCCAUUCUUUGCAGAUUGAGAUUCAGUUGGUUGUGAUUCACACUGAAGGUUGAUAAAUUUAGUUUUUAUGUGCUUGGGUUUCCAAUUGAUCCUUCCAUGACAUUCUGGGGCCAAUGAAGCUAGAAUACUAACCAUGAAGCUGCUGAUAUGCCAGUGGACCAAGGAUUUGCAAAGAAGUUGGGACUCAACUGUUUAAUUAUGGAAAUGCAUCUGUAACUUUAUUUUCGAGGUAAUUUUUUUCAAAAUGAAUACAAUGGGAUAGAUUAGCAUGCCAUAAAGUAGAAUGUUUUGGGUUGGAAUUAUGUUAGCCACUAUAAUGAUAUUUUUGGAUCUCUUUUG